UCGAGAUAGUUUCAUUGAGGCACAGUUCGAUCGCUUGUUUCAGUAAGCAAACAGCACCUCCUAUCUGAAAAUGGCAUUCAAGUUCGUGACCUUCCUCGCCCUGGUGGCCGUUGCCCGCGCCGGAGUCAUCUCCGGCCCGGCUCUGUCCUACGCUGCUGCUCCGGCUCUGUCGUACGCCGCUGCCCCAGCCCUGUCCUACGCCGCUCCAGUGGCCAAGACCGUGUCCUAUGCUGCCCCCGCCCAGUACGCCUAUGCUGCCCCAGUGGCCAAGACCAUUGUUGCUGCCCCGGCCCUGACCAAGACCGUUGUCGCUGAUGAGUACGACCCGAACCCUCAGUACUCUUUCUCGUACGGAAUCUCCGACAAACUGACCGGAGACCAGAAAGAGCAGCACGAGACCCGCAAUGGAGAUGUCGUCGAGGGAUCUUACUCGCUGGUUGAAGCUGACGGAACUCGUCGCAUUGUUGACUACACCGCUGAUCCCAUCCACGGAUUCAACGCCGUCGUCCGCAAGGAAGGACUCGCCGCCCCAGUCAUCGCCGCCAAGACCGUGAUCGCUCAGCCCGCCAUUGCCAAGGCCGUCUAUGCCCAGCCCGCCUACACUUCCUACGCCGCCCCAGCUGUGACCAAGACCAUCGUCCAGCAGCCAGCUUAUGCCACCUAUGCCGCCCCAGUGGCCAAGGCCGUCUAUGCUCAGCCAGCUUACACCUCGUACGCCGCCCCUCUAGCCACCAAGACCAUCGUGUCCCAGCCAGCUUACGCUUCGUACGCCGCCCCAGCUCUGUACCAUUAAGGAGAUCCGACUGAUGCUAUUUUCCAAGGCUGUUUGUUAACUGUGUUUGCUAAUUUAUAAACGAAAAAAAAAGUUUUGAAUAGAUGAAAAAUCAUCCAAAAAUCAAA